GCCUGGUCAAGUAUUUAAAGAUUUUUUGAAUCUGACAAAGUCACGGCCAAGCAUUUGCUUUUGUGUCUUGUCUCCCAUUUCUAUGUUUGAGACCUUUUCUAGGACGGCACUAUGUCUUCCCCCUAUAAUUCCAGAACCCUCAGUGUUUAUGGAGGAGGAUUUCUUCAUUCUUCUCCAAGGGGCUUCAACCUGGGUGAUGCUUUAGACCCGUCCGCUGAUGAGAAGGCCACCAUGCAGAAUCUGAAUAAUCGCCUGGCCUCUUACCUAGAGAAGGUGCGCUCACUGGAGAAGGCCAAUGCUGAUCUGGAGCGCAACAUCAGGGAAUGGUAUGACAAUCGCACUGAAGUCACAUUCGACCACACCAACUUGCUGGACACCAUCAAGGACCUGAAAAAUGAAAUCCAAUCAAUUUCCCUAGACAAUGCCACAAUCGUCCUGGCUGUGGACAAUGCCAAAUUGGCUGCUGAUGACUUCAAAAUAAAGUAUGAGAAUGAGAUGGGUAUGCGUAGGGUCGUUGAGGCUGACAUCGCCAAUCUGAGAAAAAUUCUGGAUGAGUUUAGCUUGAGUCGGUCAGAUCUGGAGAUGCAGAUUGAGUCUCUGAACGAGGAGCUCAUCAUGCUGAAGAGAAGCCACAAGGAGGAGAUGGCCCUGGUUAGUGCUGAGGUUGGAUGUCAGGUGAACGUUUGUGUGGAUGCAGCGCCCUCUAUGGACCUGAACCAGGCCAUCAACGAGAUCAGACAACACUAUGAGACCAUGACUGAGAAAAACCGUAAAGACCUGGAGUCCUGGUAUGAAAGCAAGAUCGCCACAGUGCAACAGGAGGUGGUCACACAUAAUGAAGAUCUUCAGAACAGCAGAACAGAGCUGAAGGAGUUGACAAGCACCUUACAAAGACUACAGAUUGAACUGCAGACCCAUCAGAGCAUGAGGUCAGCUCUUGAUGGUGAACUGGACGGCACAAAGGCCCGUUACAGUGACCAGCUGGCUAGGCUUCAGGCCACUGUCACAAGCCUGGAGGACCAGCUUAGUCAAUUUCAUGCUAACAUUAGCAACAACAAACAAGACUACGAAACGCUGCUGGACGUAAAGACCAGACUGGAGCGUGAGAUUGCAGAGUACAGGAGACUGCUGGAUGGAGAUGAAAGACAUUCCCACAAAGUUGUCACCAAAACAAUCACAGUGGAGGAAACCAUUGUGAAUGGGAAGGUUGUGGAGAGCAGCGAAACCGUGGAUGUUAAUGAGCAAAAUGACUAAUCUGCUCAAAAACUUCAGCAGAUGACAUCACAUGUCUUACUAAUGCCUUCUGUUCAAGACCUCUGUAAUGCAAAAUUGAACAGCUAAUGAAGUAAUUGGAAGUUAUAUUAUGAACAUGAUUAAAUGAAUGUAAUUUAGUUUUUUUUUCUUUGCAAA